GCGGCGGCGGCGGCGGCGGAGCAGGCGGCCGAGCAGGGCGGCGGCGACUCUCUCGGCAGGAAGCCCAGCAAGGACAGCAGCUGUGCUAUUGUCUGGAGCAGGAUUGGAGUUCUUCUGGGAGCCAGGGCUGAUAGCUCGACAGAUUAACUGGUUCCCGGCUGUCCCAGAGAGCACUCCCUUAAGGACAGAGACUCUCUCGGGGAACACCGACCUGCUCUGGAAAGCCACGUGCUGUGGUAUCACAGCUACUCCACUGGGGUUCAUCCCUUCAGCCUGGAGUCGUGAAACAGGAUCCCAAGAGACAUUUCCAGGUUUGCUGGGAUGGGAAACCUGCUUAAAGUCCUGACCAGGGAAAUUGAGAACUAUCCACAUUUUUUCCUGGAUUUUGAAAAUGCCCAGCCCACAGAAGGAGAGAGAGAGAUAUGGAACCAGAUCAGUGCUGUCCUCCAGGAUUCUGAGAGCAUCCUUACAGACCUGCAGGCUUACAAAGGCGCCGGGCCCGAGAUCAGAGACGCAAUUCAAAAUCCCAACGACAUUCAGCUUCAAGAAAAAGCAUGGAAUGCAGUAUGUCCUCUGGUUGUGAGGCUAAAGAGGUUUUACGAGUUUUCCAUACGGCUAGAGAAAGCUCUUCAGAGUUUAUUGGAAUCUCUGACCUGUCCACCCUACACACCAACCCAGCACCUAGAACGGGAGCAGGCCCUGGCAAAGGAGUUUGCAGAAAUUCUGCAUUUUACCCUUCGAUUCGAUGAGCUGAAGAUGAGGAACCCAGCUAUUCAGAAUGACUUCAGCUACUACCGAAGAACAAUCAGUCGCAACCGCAUCAAUAACAUGCAUCUAGACAUUGAGAAUGAAGUUAAUAAUGAGAUGGCCAACCGGAUGUCCCUCUUCUAUGCCGAAGCCACACCAAUGCUGAAAACCCUUAGCAAUGCCACGAUGCACUUUGUCUCUGAAAACAAAACCCUGCCAAUAGAGAAUACCACAGACUGCCUCAGUACAAUGACGAGUGUCUGUAAAGUCAUGCUGGAAACUCCGGAGUACAGAAGCAGGUUCACGAGUGAAGAAACUCUGAUGUUCUGCAUGAGGGUGAUGGUGGGGGUCAUCAUUCUCUAUGACCAUGUGCACCCUGUGGGGGCGUUCUGCAAGACAUCCAAGAUUGACAUGAAAGGCUGCAUAAAGGUAUUGAAGGAACAGGCUCCGGACAGUGUGGAAGGGUUGCUGAAUGCCCUCAGGUUCACUACAAAGCACUUGAAUGAUGAGUCGACUUCCAAACAGAUUCGAGCAAUGCUUCAGUAGAGCCCCGCUCCAAAAAGAGGAUCUAUGUGCUGACCUCAGAAGAUGUAUAUGUUUACAUAAUUUAAUACAGAUUGAUGUUAAUACUUGUGUAUUUACAUAACCAUUUCCUUCUUGUCACUGAAAUAUAUGGACCUUAAUUUGUAUCCUCACUGACUCAACCCAGCAGAGCAUAAAUUGACUUGAGAGUCUUACCUUUGAUGUCUGAAAUGAGUCCCCUUUUCCCUCCUCCUCAAACCCUUUCUCCAAAGGCCAAAUUUGGAGACUUUGAUCUUGGCUACUGGAGUUCCUUUAACAACACCUGUAACAAUCAGAAAUUCAUAAUUGUUUGUCAUAGUAGUUUAAUUCUAGAUGUGUUAUCUUUCUGGGAAGUAUAGUUUAUCGAAACACAAAAGUAUUUGAUUUCCUGUACGGGCUCAGAUACAAGAAACACAACUGUUAUCCUCACAGAGGAAGAGAGGAAUCCAAGAAAAGAAAAAUGCAUGUGGAGAACCAAACCCAAGUGUUAUAAAUUCAGCACGCCCCCCUCCCUUUUCCUCAGCCUGCAAAACCCACGUGCAGUUUUUCUGUUUGCACGUGUUUUAUUAAAAAAUCAGCAUUUUCCCUUUCUGUCUGGAUUUGUAUCCCUCUAAUGCUCCCUUUUAGUUUUGUAAGAAGAAAAUUGCCUGCAUUGUAAUCAGGAAGGAGCAGCAGGGAUAAAUAGAUGGGUCUUACAGCUAGACUGGCAAGAGUUAUUGUCUUGAGUAUAUUUGAGAAAAA